AUGCAGCUGGACCCUCUUCCAGAGCAAGUCCGUGUCACCAUUUUCAUGGAGGGCCUUCUUACGGGGAUCUCGAGGACGGAAGUUUUCCGCGUCCACCUCUCGACGUUUGAAGGGUUGACAGCGUUGAAUGAUGACUUCAACUUAAAGCCGCUCGCUAUGGCACUCAUGGGCACGCCCGAAGAUCAUUUGAUGGGGCUGAGCCCAUGGACCUCAUCCAUGCUGAAGAAGAACUGA